GCCUUCGGGUUCAAGUCGCACCUUAGCGCAUGGCUAAGCCACUUCGACGUCCAUAAGAAAACAAAGGUCAUUAUCCACGGGUAUACGGAAAACGGCGCCAGGCCUUGGAUCGUCCAGAUGAAGUCAGAGCUACUUAAGAAGGGUGAUUUCAACGUCAUCGUGACGGACUGGGGCCACAGAUCGAUAACGGAAUACCCGAAGGCAGUGGCCAACACGUAUAUGGUCGGUGCCCAGCUCGCAGGGCUGCUUUCUGAGCUGCAUGCAAAUCAUGGGCUCCAGUACGCGGACGUGCAUCUGAUUGGUCACAGCCUGGGCGCGCAGAUAUCUGGUCACGUAGGACGGCGCAUUCAGGGGCUUGGUCGGAUUACAGGCCUUGACCCUUCCUACCCAGGGUUCACCGGUGGAACGACUGAUCACCGUUUGGACGCCUCGGACGCAACGUUUGUUGACGUCAUUCACACAGACGCUUCCAUGCUCAACCUUGUGUCGGGUGGUAUUGCCGUUGCCAUAGGCCAUUUAGAUUUCUAUCCAAACGGCGGGGAUCAUCAGCCAGGCUGUGUGGAGAGGCCGGUUGCCGGUGAUAUUGCCGGUGUCGUGCAAGCCGUCGUGUGCAGCCAUUUACGGUCACAUGAGCUGUUUACUGAAUCCAUUAACUCGGCUUGCAAGUUCUAUGCGCACCUGUGCCCGAGUGGGGAUACCUUCGAGGCCGGAAGUUGCCUCGGCUGUCCCGACGGAGGCUGUCCGCGUAUGGGCUAUGACGCCGAACUAAGUUCCGGAAUGAAGGGAUCUUUCUAUCUGAGUACAUCCGGGGCGGCUCCUUACUGCGGGCACGAGUAUUUCGUGGACGUCGUGAUGUCUGACCAGAUGGCGCACACCUACGGCGAGUUCAUGAUCACGCUCGUGGGAACCAAAGGACACUCGGAGCCGCUCAAGUUUGAAAGUCUCAUGCACUCACUUGACCACGGCGCAGAGGAGAAGCACGUGAUCAGCACGCACGUGGACAUCGGUAACGUGACGUCAGUGAAGCUGCAGUUCGUCAAGGCCAUUGACCAGUGGUACGCGGCCCCAUACGUUAAGGUGCACAGUGUCCUUGUAGUACCGGUGGAGGACACGAGUCAUAGAUUUGAGUUCUGUGCCAAUGACGCGCUUUUCAUUUGGGGUCAGACAGUUGCCGUCUCCAGUCAUACCGGAUGUUGA